AAAGAACAACACUUUACCACUCUUUCUUAUUAUUUAUUCCUCACUUGUUGCUGCCAAUACCAGAUAGCUUUCUCUCAUUUCACUUGUUUCUGUUAUUUUAUCCGAGGAACAAUGGCUUUCUCUUCUCUCAUCAGAUCCACUGCCGCCGCCGCCGCUCCUCUCGUCGAAGUCUCCGCCCGCUCUGACGUCUUUCUCUCACCCUCUGAUCGCCUCAAGGUUUCAAGCAUUGGUUUUGGUGGGAAUCUCAAUUCCAGUUUUGGUGUUGCAGUUUCAACUAGGUCUUCUCCACUGCAGAAAUGCUACUCAAGGAGUAUACAACCCAUCAAAGCCGUUGCUACUGAAAUUCCUCCCACAGUUCCAAGAUCACGGAAUAGCGGCAACACAAAGAUUGGAAUCAAUGGUUUUGGUCGGAUUGGAAGGUUGGUCUUACGAGUAGCAAUUGUAAGGGAUGAUAUCGAUGUAGUAGCUGUCAAUGAUCCAUUUAUUGAUGCUAAGUACAUGGCUUACAUGCUUAAAUACGAUUCUACUCAUGGAGGCUUUAAGGGAACCAUCAAAGUUGUGGAUGAAUCCACUCUGGAAAUUAAUGGCAAGCAAAUAAAGGUUGUAAGCAAAAGGGACCCUGCAGAGAUCCCUUGGGGUGAUUAUGGGGCUGAGUUUGUUGUCGAGUCAUCUGGUGUUUUUACAACAUUAGCUAAGGCCUCGGCUCAUUUGAAGGGUGGUGCCAAGAAAGUUGUAAUUUCAGCUCCAUCAGCUGAUGCGCCUAUGUUUGUGGUGGGAGUAAAUGAGAAGACCUACAAGCCAAGCAUGGACAUAGUGUCUAAUGCUAGUUGCACUACCAAUUGUCUUGCUCCUCUUGCCAAGGUGGUUCAUGAGGAAUUUGGUAUUGUUGAGGGUUUAAUGACAACUGUCCAUGCAACUACAGCAACACAAAAGACGGUCGAUGGCCCUUCAAUGAAGGAUUGGCGAGGUGGUCGAGGAGCUGGGCAAAAUAUCAUCCCUAGUUCAACUGGUGCUGCAAAGGCUGUGGGAAAAGUUCUUCCAGAACUCAAUGGAAAGCUUACUGGAAUGGCAUUCCGUGUCCCUACAUCCAAUGUUUCUGUUGUUGAUCUAACUUGCCGACUUCAAAAGAGUGCCUCUUAUGAAGAUGUCAAAGCAGCCAUAAAGUAUGCUGCAGAGGGUCCACUUAAAGGCAUUCUUGGAUACACAGACGAGGAUGUUGUCUCAAAUGAUUUUGUUGGUGAUUCGAGGUCAAGUAUAUUUGAUGCAAAAGCUGGAAUAGGGCUGAGUGCUUCGUUCAUGAAGCUUGUUUCAUGGUACGACAACGAGUGGGGUUACAGCAAUCGGGUUCUUGACCUAGUAGAGCACAUUUCACUGGUGUUAGCAACGCACGACUAAUUAUAUGGGGAGGGAAGAUGUUACUGAGCAUGCUAGAAGUUUGUUUUGGAGAAUACACAAUUUCCACAAUAAUUGAACAGAAUUGUUUGUUCUUCUUUUUUCUUUUUUAUUGCUUGUCCAUGUAAGAGUUGAGCAGCCCAUAAUACGAGUCUGAAACAAUGAAAAAUACGAGUCUGCAACAUGGUUGAAGUAGCAUCUUUUAGCUU